CAACAUACAAAAAGUUUUGUACACAUAAAAAAAUUCCUGCAUUUUUGUGUUGCAGAUAAUUCAUUUUUAUCCGGUUUUGGGCAAUAUUUUAUCAGGUCGUUCCAGACUGGGAUAUUCACUUUCAAAAUCCUCCUACCCCCCCUUUUUUCCCACCCAAGAAAAUCAAUUGGUUGUCCCUUAAGAUGGUGAUGAUCCUUGUAAUCUAGUAUUACUGCAAACCAGGGAUCAAUGCAAAUAUUAAUGUUAACAUUUACACCUGUAAUAUGAUCAUGUUUUAUAUUAAAAUUGAAAAAUCUCAACACAUUCUAUCUCUUAAUAGAUAUAAGAAGAUGUGGUACGUAUGAGUGCCAAUAAGACAACUCCCCAUCCAAGUCACAAUUUAUAAAAGUAAACCAUUAUAGGUCAAAGUACGGUCUUCAACACAGAGCCUUGGCUCACACCGCACAGCAAGCUAUAAUAAAUGGCCCCAAAAAUUACUAACUGUAAAACCAUUCAAACAGGAAAAUCUAUAUAAAAAACGGGAAACGGGAAACAUUUAUGAACCACAUCAACAAACAACAACUACUGAACAUCAAGGCCAUUUACUUUAUUUAUCUUGUUUUUAAAAGUGGAGACACGAAAGUAUUGUUCAGUUAGAAAUCAUGGGCUUAUUGAUAUCAUUUAUAAUACUCUUCUCUCUUGUUCUUUGGACUAACGCGGGUGGUGUUAAAAAGGUGCUGCUGUUUGGUGGAAAUGGUCUUAUUGGUGCAGCCAGCGUAAAUAAAAUGCUAGAAAAUGGACACGAUUUGACUUUGGUUACCAGAGGAAACUGGUACUGGGACACUGACGAUACUAUCAAGCCACGGAUAAAGCAUUUGAAAUGUGAUCGAAUGAAAAGUUUAAUGGAUUGCUGGAGUGCAGAACAGUAUGAUUUUUAUGAUGCAAUUGUAGAUUUCAGUGGUUUUGAUCCGUAUAUAAUCAAGGAUACAUUGAAACUUCUGCAAGGACGAGUAGGGCGUUAUAUCUACAUCAGUUCUGACUCUGUAUACGAGGUCUGCACGAAAAACCAUACUCGGCCAACGGUAGAGACCGAUUCUGUACGACCGGGUGAUAUUCCAGAGCAGGAGAUUUUAAACAAGAAAGAUGAUUACGGACAUCGGAAAUUUUCAGGGGAAGAGGUUUUGGUAGAACAGAGAAAGCAAGGUGGGAUGCCAUACUUCUUCAUCAGAUUGCCGGAUGUUAUUGGAUCACGUGAUAACACGUACCGUUGGUGGAUAUACCAGGCUUGGUUGCGAUUAUCACCAUACUUAGAGACAGAAAUAUCUAUUCCGAAAAAUCUUGUUAACUUUCCGAUGAGCUUCGUUUAUGUUGAAGACGUUGCAAAAAUUGUAUCACAAAGUUUGAAUUAUGACAAAGACCUUUUAGACGAAGCAUACAACUUUGCUUUUGAUGAGACGCCAACGCUGCCAGAAGUUCUUGAAAUGAUGAAAAAACAUAUGGAAAAGCAAGAUAUUGAUAUUCAAGUGUCUGACAAUGAAGAUGUUGUUCACUUAUUUCCGUCCGUUACAAGAGGUCCAAUAUGCUGUGAAAAAGCAAAGCAUAAACUUGGUUUUAAGCCCACGUCUUUCGAACAGGCUGCAAAGGAAACGGUUGAUUUUUAUGAACAAGCAAUGUUAAGUAACAAAUUUGAAAGAGAACGGUUAAGCGUAUUAACAACGUUGGAAACAUUUUCACCUAAUAAUCCUAGAAACGUUUAUAUAGGACUCCGAAAAGAAUAUGGUUUAAAUAUGAAAAGUAGAGAAGAACUGUAGUAUCGAUUCCAGUUGAUAUCCUUGUUCAUUCGAGCGUUACUGAUGACUACUUUGUAAACGAAACACUCGUUUGGCGUACAAAAUGUUAAAUUGAAAAAGGAUUAAAAUCGAGAAUGAUGUAAUAUAUUUUUCUAUAAAAUAUAACUACUUUAUUUCUAAAGAAAAAUGUAAAUGUUCAUCGCUUAAUGUUUUGACAUGCAUUAAAUCUAAUAUUGGGUUUACAGACAUACGUGUACUUUAAAAGAUAACAUAAGAAUCUGAAGAAUAUUUAAACAAAAUUAUCAAGGGGUCUAUACUUUCAAAUGUUCGAUUUAAUUUCAAUGUUAUAUAUGUAUACGUAUAAAACAACUUCAGUCAAAUCUAGACAAAACACUGGUCUGAACAGUGUUUCAAACUGGUCAGAGUUGUCUUUGAAAGUGGUCCGAGUUUUCUUAAAAUUGUCCGAGAUGUCUUGGUCCGAUUUGUCUUUGGUCAGUUGUCCUGAUUCCGACAACCUACUGAAAGGUGUUAAAAAGGUAUUUACAUCUACUGCAUUUCAUAGAUUUGUAACAUUUCUCCACUUUUUUUAUUUGUUUCCAAAAGAAAUCUGGGACUGGGACAAACUAACUUGCAAAAAUUGUUUACUUUACAUGUUUACUCAUUAUAAAAGUCUAAACAAAACGCUCAGUUGUUUUCGGCGAUGGUCUUUUUCUCAAAGUCUUCUGCAACCGGCCCGGUAUUUUGUUCCGAACUUUUACAUAUUCUGAGUAUUUUUUACUUGAAAAGAAAAAUAAUUUAAUUAUUAAAA